AAAAAAAAGAUGUCGGAAAAGACAAACUGAAAUACAGACAGUGUUUACUCACUCCCCCACCGAAUUCUUCCAUCCUCAUUUCUGUCUCCUUUCUCCACCCCCAAAACCCCCCUAUCUAGGGUUUCUGCUUCUCUCUCUCUCUAAAAAUUCGGAUACAACAGGAGUGAGAUUCAGCUUCUAAUUCACAGACAGCUAAGCUACCUGAUCAUCUUCUCUGCUCAUUUUUUUUCCAAUUUUAAUUUCCCAGAACAAAAAAAAAAAAGAAAUUAAAUUAAAAAAAAAGGCAUCUUUUUUGGGUGCUGCUGAGCUGACAAGCAGAAAAUAGAAGAAGCGAUGGCGAAGACGAAGCCUGGAAAAAAGGACCUCGAUUCCUACACUAUCAAGGGCACCAACAAAAUUGUCAGACCGGGUGAUUGUGUUUUGAUGAGACCAUCCGACACAGACAAAGCUCCGUACGUAGCUAAAGUGGAGAAAAUCGACGCCAACCACCGGAACAACGUGAAGGUGCAGGUGAGGUGGUACUACCGCCCGGAGGAAUCCAUCGGAGGGCGGCGGCAGUUUCACGGUGCUAAGGAGCUUUUCUUGUCGGACCACUACGACAUGCAGAGUGCACACACCAUUGAAGGCAAGUGCACCGUGCACUCCUUCAAGAACUACACUAAGCUCGAGAAUGUCGGUGCGGAGGAUUAUUUUUGCAGGUUCGAGUACAAGGCUGCUACCGGAGGUUUCACCCCUGACCGUGUUGCUGUGUAUUGCAAGUGUGAGAUGCCGUAUAACCCCGACGAUCUCAUGGUGCAGUGUGAAGGAUGUAAGGACUGGUUUCAUCCUAAUUGUAUGGGCAUGACUAUCGAAGAAGCAAAAAAAUUGGAUCUUUUUAUGUGUUCCGAUUGUUCGUCCGAUGAUGAUACUAGAAGGUCAUUGAACUCACUUCCCGCUUCACCUACCGCUGAUGGAAAGGAUGUCGGUCUUACAAACUGAUGAAGUUUAUUUUGCAUGGAAGAAUUGAAGUUGAUGGUGGAAACGAAGCGGAGAAAGAGAUGACAGAUCAGCAAUCUUGAUGCGGCAUCAUAAGGUUGUCGUACCCCGUUUUUUUCCCAUGCAUAUUAGCUCCGAUAUAAUAUUACUAUUGUUGUAUUUUUCAAAAUUGUACAAUGCAGAGAGAGACAAUGAGACGGGAGGCGUUUUGUCUGAAUUUACGCAGCGUCGUUUAUCUACUAAUCCCUUGUCUGGAUUCGUCAAGACAAACAAGGGAGUCGUGUUAAUUCGAACAUAAUUAACUGUGAGAUUAAUUUUCUUGUGUUGUUUGCAUUUUCGAUCCCGUUUUUUUCCCACGCGACGGCAUUAUUGCUUGUUAUGUUGACAGAGUUGUGUAACCUUGUAAUAGAAAAUUCAGAUUUUGUGUAAUGAAAAGAUAGAUUAGAUUAGAUUA